AUGUGUAAAUCUCAUUUUACAAAAAAACAUGUGAUUGAAAAUUUUUGUAUUGUAGAUGUAAACAAAUGUGAAAAUGAACAAUUACAUGGGUCCAUAAAGUGUUUUGUGAUGUGUCAACCUAUCUUGAUGGGGGUGGUUUUGGAAUCACGUAAACAAUAUAGAAUAAAUCUAUAUUUAUUUUACUUAUAUUUAUAUUUUUUAUAA